AACCAACCAUCUACCAGUUGCGUUUUAACCGCGACCGCGAGCACUCGUGUUUUCCGACCGUUUUUCUUCCUCGAAAGCGAACUUUAUUAUAUUAUCCGACCCGACAUCGCAUCGUCAACCGCGGCAUUCCAAGUGAAGAAGACUCGAAGAAAAAAAAUCGCGAUCACCGCCGGAGCGGAAGGUGCGAAUUUUGGGUAUCGGGAGUGGUACAAAAACAGCAAAACGGUGAAUGCAACUACCCGCAGUACGAAUAAUUUAGAAUUCAGUCCGUGACCCCCUCCCGUCAAGGGGAAUUAAUUUUUGCAUUUCGUUUGUGUGUCGAAAGUGAGCAUAUUGUUUGAUAAUUGGUGAGACGAAAAAUACGAUCACGACCACGCGGUUGGUGGCAUAUAGUGGGAAAAUUUGAAUUGCAAAGUGCCAGAUUGGUGACGCGAGAACCUGAGCUAAUACAAAUUGCAUCGGUAGUGAAGAAAACAUACAUCGGCUGUUUCAAUUAGUAAGAAACAACUUGACAACGGAGAGAACACAAAAGACGCGUGUGGUAUACCACCGACUGGUUACCUCCGCUCAGCACCCCAAUCCAUUACGCGUGGUUUUCUCACCUUUUGCCGGAGAGCUAUAAACGACGGUGCACCCUCAUCGGAACGUGGAAAGUGAAUACUAAAUCGAUAAGAAAACGAACACUAAGAAGUUUCCACCGACCGGACAGCGAGAGGGAAGCUCCAAACCUUGGAGACCAUUAGAUCAUUCUAUUUCUGUUGGUGCGAACCAUUUGCCUCCGGGCCAUCCGAUAGAGGCAACUCUUUCCCGGUCUGAUGAAGGUGUUGAUGACGACGACGACGACUACGACAGCCGUGAUGAAGGAAAUGGUUCAAUGCUGCCCAAACAUUUGCUGAACCACUCCCCGUCGAAGUUGAGUAAUUGCCAGCAGUAGCAGUGGUGGUGACAAGUCACUGCAUUUAGUGCUUCGGAACAGCACGCGUGUUAAGUAGUAAUAGAAGAAACCCCCCUCCCUAGUGAUAAGACAAAUUGACACAACCUGCCCGGAAGUAAGAGGUGUGUUAAGUGCUGCCAAGAUGGGAGCGCCACCUGCCAAGGAGCCGUUAGUGAACCGCAACCUCAUAUCGCUCAAAAUUGUCCUGUUUCUGUUUUAUGCCGCUCUAGGAUGUCUACACCCGUACCUACAAAGACAUAUGACCCUCACCGGGCUUGACUAUAAGGAAUCACAAAUCAUCUCGGUAGUGGCACCGCUGAUCGCCAUAUUGGGACCGCUUAUAUUUGCACCGCUAGCCGAUCGUCUUGCAGGAACCAAUGGAUCGUCGUACGGUAGACGCCUGCGGUUUCUGGCCUCAUUUUGCAUGAUCUUCUCCGCCAUUCUGUAUGCCAUUCUGUUCUUCGUUGUACCACCAAUUGAACGCCAAGAAUCGAGUCGAUCGCAGGUGAGCUUUGCUUGCGAUCUGGACGGCGCGAUCAUAUUUCAACAAAGAUGCUCGGAGGAACGAACUUGCUAUCACUGGAAGAGAGAGAAGAUUGGACACCUGACUCUGACGAACUGUUCCUACACCUGCCAAAAGCCCAUCGAGUUCGAAAACCUCAAUCAUCCUUACACGAAGGGAAUUACCGUUUCUCCAUCCACCGAGAGCUCGAUUGAAGAUGACGAAUACGAUCUGAUGGACGACGAAGCGGAAAUUGCGCCAGAAAAUCUAGAACUACCCCGCAUUGAAGUUGAUAACACCCCAAUCCCCGUGCCACAUAUAUGCGAACGAAAAGGUGGUCCCGAAACGGAGAUCUGCCACGCUUACACUCCGGCCACCGAAUCACUCAAGUUCGAAACGGUGCUGCGUAAUGCGGUGAACGAUGAGAACGAAACCCACAGUGCCGAAUGGUGCCGUUAUCCACUGGACGGAUUUUCGUGCAACAUUCCGGAGAAGCAGGUCACCUGGAUGAAGCUGCUGACCAACUCUUCACAUUGCACUCCGAAAAUUGAAUGCGAGGUUCAUAAUCCGUACGAUAAUGAGGAGAGCGUGCUCUCCGAAAGCGUUUGCAUGCGGAUCGUCGGAGAUCCCGAGCUGACGUUCUGGUCGUACCUUCUGCUGCGCUCGUUUGCCGACGCAUUCCCGCUAGCGGCUAUUGUAUUGCUGAAUGCCGCCACCAUCAUUGCCACACGGGAAACCUCUACCGGUAGAGGAGAUUUCGGUCGGCAGAUUGUUUGGGGUGCAAUCGGUUGGGCUUUGUUCUACUUUGUUCUGUCUUGGGUAUUUGAAACGUAUUAUGUUUACGUAGUUCUAAUUGUACUGGCGGCCAUUGUUCUUUUGCUAUCUUCCGGGAUGCCACUUUCUCCUCCGGAAAUGUGGUGGCACACCAAAUGUGGAAUGGUUGCCAUUCCCAUGUCGGCUAUACGAAGAUACGUACCGGAGGCUGCUGGACUCUGCUUCGUCACUUUGAUACUUGGUACCUUCUGGAGCGUGUUGGAUAACUACGAGGGUGUUUUGGUCAAGAAUUACGAUUUACUGCCUAACAUGGAUGAAUACUACGGACCCACGUGGAGCGUUUUCGUAAUUCUAGGAGCACUGUUGGUUAUCCCUAUCUUGUGGUUUGCGGAGAACAUCGUUGACUAUUGUGGACACUCGAAUAUAUUGAUCGCAGCUAUAACAACCUUCAUUUUCCGGUUUUCACUGCUGGCUAGCCUGGACGUAACAUGGUGGCGCGUAGUAAUCGAUUUCCUCUACCCGAUAACCCUCGGACUUACCUGGUUGACGAUCAUAUUUUACAUGCGCCACAUUUUCCCUCGUCGUAUCAUCACAACUGGACAAGCCCUGCCCGUGAUUUUCCACUUCUGUCUGGGCCGGUUCAUCGGUGCCCUGAUUGCAACGUGGACGAAGCUAGAAUGUCUGAUCACCACUUUCCAAGUGCUAGCCAUCAUUGCCUGCGUCGUUGCUGUUAUUUACUUCCUCCUUUACCACUUCAUCUUGGCACCACGCUGCGCCAAACGUAUGACAACAGUGCCAUCCACAUCCGCUCUGAACAUCACAGCACCGGAAGCAAAUGGACAAACUCAGUCACCACAGCAGCAACGUUUGCAACCCUCCAAUGGUAGCUAUCAACCCCUCCGAAUCUAUCACAAUUAUCGCGGUCGAAAAGGACACUUUAGAUAUUAAAUUGUUUAGAAAAAUAGAAUAAAAACAAAGGAUGAGACAUCUAGUCUUCGUCAUGUAGGGCUUAGAAUAGCUGAUAAAUAUCAUUUAGCCACGAACAAAAUUUGUACCAAAUCAGAAAUGUACACGAACUAUCGAAGUAAUCUCUCGAAAGCAAAUACAUAGGUUAUUUAUUGUCCUUCAAUCUAUUUUACAAUUUCUAAUAAAUCUAGGCUGAUUCGCAUUGAUUCGUCAGCCAAAGCGUAACUGGUAGAAUAGUAUUGACAGUAUAUCGCGUAGUUUUACUUUUACCUAUUUCAUCGCAUCUCAUCUUUUAGCGUCCAGUAAUCUCGAUCGACGUUUCUAGUAGAAUAUGUAAAUCGUUUUCCGGGUUAAGAAAUGAAACAAUCGCUGUACUACUACUCAUGAAAUUAAAUAUCUACGCUUAUACAUUACUUAUAAGAAGUGAGACUUUCUCGACUAAAACUAAUUUUGUGGGAAUUCGUUGUUAAGUGACUGUCACUAAAAACUGAAAAGAAAAACAGAAAUUGAAUCAGUAUAAUAAGCUUAAAGCAAUCAACAGAACAUAUAAUUGUUACAGAAUUGUUAAAAUUUGAAAGUACGUGUACCUUACAUAAAUGAUAAACCUGAAAUCAAAUAACAAAGCUUGCAGCCACAAAAGAAAACCAAAUUUGCGUCUGAAAUUUUUCUGCAGUUGAUGAAGUUUGACGCGAUUCGCGCUCCAUUGUGAAAUAAUCCAGCACAAAACAAUGUGGAAUUAACUCUUAUUGAUCACUAAAUAUAGGAUACAAGAAGCGUGUGCGCUGAAUAACAAGCUUGAAGAGCCUUAAAAAUCCACUUAUUAACGUCUUUCGAAAUGAGCAAACUUUCAAAAAGAAAACUAGGAACAGAUUGAUAUAUUUACAUUUAAAAAUCCAAAAAAACAAAAUAACAUAUUAAAUAGAUUGAAGCUGGAAAAAUACUCUCUUGAUAUGCUUAGAAAUGCACAUUAACAACAUCUGAAAUGAGCCGAAGAAUCGUUAAAAACUAUUGUGAAAGAAUGUUUCAGCAUAUUGACAAUGGGACAUACUUUAACUUUAAAAAUCUAUAUGUAAAUAAAUAAGCGCUGAAAAUA